UAAAAAGCCCUCUCCACCCCCAAGUAGUUGCAACAUCGCAGCGAAAAGCCAGUGUCUCCACUGCAGUGGCUUCGGAGUGUUUCGGACUGGAGGCGCGCGCGCGCGCACACACACACUGUCACACUCGCUGAGAGACACACACAUCUGGAAUACACUCAUGCGUCGGUGAAAGUCAGACAAAGAAAUGCGUGAUUUCUCUCAUCAAGGCUAAUAGACCCCGAGCUCUCCCUGUGAUAUAUGAAGGGCACAGACAUACAGAUGGAAUCGAGGGUCCCACACCACAUCCCUGGAAUCUCCUCCUCCAUCAUGGUGCAGCCUUUGUUGGACAGUCGAGUGCCCUAUGGGAGGUUUCAGCAACCGCUGACCAUCUACCCCAUUGACCAGAUGAAGUCCUCUCACAUUGAGAACGACUACAUCGACUGCCCCGCAGUGGUGUCGACUCAGCCAUCCAGCCAGAAGGCUGCGAGGGGGCCGCAGGACUCCCUAUUGGUCAGCAGCUCCCAUCCCCACCUGCUGCGGUGUGAACCGCAUGACGUCACACACCCCUGGAUCUACUGCGGCGGUCGGCCCAGCUCCAUGAGCAGCUGCAGCAGCGGCAGCACUUCCUCCGACCAGAGGCUGCUGGAUCACGUGGCCCCUCCCUCCACAGCGGAUCCUGCCCGGGCCGCCAGCUUCCAAGUCAAGUCACCUCCGGGUCCUGUGCCCCAGGUCCCAAAGCCCCUGGUGGUCCCAGAGACCACAGGCAAGCACACGCUGCUGUGCCAACGCUGCGGGAGGUGUCGGUGCACAGAGUGCACUCUUCCCCGGACGCUGCCCUCCUGCUGGGUGUGCAACCAGGAGUGCCUGUGCUCGGCCCGGAGUCUCGUGGACGCGGCUACUUGCAUGUGCCUCGUCAAGGGUGUGUUCUACCACUGCACCGAUGACGAGGACGAAGAGGGAUCCUGUGCCGACCGGCCCUGCUCCUGCGGGCCCUCCAACCGCUGUGCCCGCUGGGCCUUCAUGGGCACCCUCUCGCUGGUGCUGCCUUGCCUGCUGUGCUACUUGCCAGCUACCGGCUGCGUCAAACUGUCCCAGAAGUGUUACGACCACAUCAGCCGGCCAGGUUGUCGCUGCAAACACUCCUCUGCGUGUAAGGCAGCUGAGUGGGAGCAGAAGAGCGCCACCAAGGAGACACAGCCCUCCUGAUGAGGUCGUGAGCAGUGGCUUGAGGAUCAACUCUUGGACAAGUUGGCUACGAGAGGACUUGGCCCCAAGUUUAGUGAACACCAGAAACAAUGGUACUUAACAGAGGGUUUUGUUUGACUGUGCCCAAUGACGAUGUUGUCUAAUUUGACAUCAAACGUUCUCUAGCAGUGUAUGUCAAAUGUCAAUCAAUAUCCAACAUGUGACCAAGACUAGUGGUAACCUACAAACGAUGGCUAAAGGAAUCAGUCCUGGUUCCUGUCACCUCCAGCUGUUUUAAUAUUCAACACCACAAUACUCCUGUGACCCCCACCCCCCCACCUCAGUCAUGUGAUUUAUUCAAAGUGUGUAAAACAGCAGUACGCUGAACAACCAUGUUGAUUCUAUGGAAGGUGCAUUUUCCAUUGAGCAGAUUAGAAAUAAUUUUUGCUCACUGGAUUAUCAAUACUGCUCGGCGUUUACGACCGUAUAUUUGUCAGGGUACACUCCAGACAAAAAUGGUUUUGAUAACUCGGCUUCAUUUUGCAAAGAUACAUUAAGUCUUGCAGGAACAUUUCAGGAGAUGGCAAUAUUUUUAUCUGACUUUUCCAAUGAUCACAAAGCAGUGGAAAGUUCUGUGUACUGUUGAGACAAUCAUCAGUAUCUAAAUGACAUUACAAUGGAUUUAGACUUGAGGAAAUGCUUGGUCUGUCUGUAUUAUGGCAGGUUGGCUUUUUAAAAAGUCAACAGUUCACCGUCAGUUAAAAAUAAGUCUGAAAUACAUGUUGUCGAAGUCCCAAAUGAAUUUUAAACGAGAAGGUGGGGGUCCUGUACUAGGCAUGGGUUUUUUGUACACAAGCCGCCUCAGGGAACAUUUAAUUUCCAUUGCAUUUUUACGUUAACGUGCAAGGUGUCCCGUGCAAACAGAAAAGGGAACGACGACAAAAAAUAUUCUCCAAGGUCCUGGAAUCUGCUGAGGUUUUGAACGCCAGCUGUCUGAAAAGCAGGGUUAGGAAGCUUCUUUUUAGAUAAUAGUUCAUACCCCCAUAACUGCAUUAAAAUCAUCCAAAUGGCAAAGUGAAAAAAAAAAAAAUGGACGGGGUGUUGAACAAAUCACACGUGAAUAAAGUAUGCAAACGUUCAAAUUCUGUCGGUUCGCUCCCGGUGUUCCCAAUUCCCCCAUUUGCAUUGGACGCCUUGCAGAGAACCAGGAAACGAGCCAACGGCCAAGUUCACUACGCUUUGCAUGAGGAAAGGCCGCUGUUGGUCUGCUCCUCACGUCGGCCGCCAUUUGAAAAGAGGGAAAUCGGAGCGACGGCACCAAAGUGUGGCGGCUCCGAGCGGCUUUCGGAAAUAUCGACGCCUCGCACAACUCGCGUUGACCAAGCAAACCCUAAAUGUACACAAAGGCACAGUAUUAUGUACAACUGCAGGAUGUGGUUCUGAUUAGCUGCUGAUCACGUCCAUCACAUGCUCCUCCUCCUCCGAACAUCACCCGACUGCUGCAGAGCCCUAUUGUACAUAACAUCUAAAGAUUUCCCAGAAAGUCUAUUUUAAUGAUACGAUUUGAAGCCAGGGCUUUGGCCAAAGGAGAGCAGUGCAGUCUUGUGCUUUUACGUUCUUGUCGUUAGACUUGAUUUUGUUCUCUAAGGACUUUUUUUAUGCACUCAACUCAUCAGACGGUAGUCUAAAGGUACGGUAUCCUUCUCUCGGCAACGUCACGCGAAAGGGAUACUGUCAGCAGGCGUUACCCCGCAUUCCCAAAGACCCCUGCGCUUCGUCUUCGAUGGCCGCCGACGUUGGUUACGCAAUGCGGCACGGGCGUAGGGGACAAACGGUAGCCAGGGCGGGUGUCGGAAGGGCCGCGCAGCGAGGAGCUGCUACCUGUCGGCGUCAUUCUAAGGGAAGAGACGCAUGCGCGUGAGCAGUUGUACAUAGUUUUGAGCACCUUCUUCCUCGUGUGUUCCUAAAGCCACUGUAUAAAAAAAAAAAAAAAAAAACAUGCAUGGUACAAUAUAGUAUAUUUCUGGUGAGGGCUGUAGGCUUGAAGGGCAGUAGUGCAGGUCUUUCCAUCUUACAAACAGUACUUGCUUUAAAGAAGUGCUUAGUAAUAAAAAUACCUCUUUUGUUUCUGCUAUUCACGCCUAGAGAGAGGCUUUGCUGGGCUCCCCCCGCCAGCGCAGAGGCGCAGAAAUGGCUGAGUAAAUCCGUGGCCCGGACAGCGCGACCGAGCUGCGAUCCGGAACUGUUCUCGGCCCUUUCCCGAGACCGUUCGGCAGCUGCUUUGUAAAUGACGGACACGGCAGGCCCAGCGAUCGCUAGCGGAGGAGGAGGCCUCUCUCGUGCUUCAACAACACGGGCUCGAAGAACAUAUUUUGUAGCUUCAAACUCCACGGUAGCUACGGCCCAAACCUUGUAACUUACAUAUGAAAGACAUUUUAUUUUUUACCAAAUGUCACAGUAACACAACUCACCCAGGAACAAUCCAUUCCCAAGGACGCUCUUUCCGAGACGCAUUUGAGGUCACGACCGUUCUGUGGGUAUGAUCUAAACACAUUCAGAGCAUCCCCUUUCAAUCAAACUGCUGGCUUAAUAUAUUCUCUUGUCUGUGCCAUUUAAAUGUUGAGAGAAUAAUCUAUACUAGUUUCUGUCUUGUAUAAAA